CUCGCCCCCCCGCCCCCCCUCUCCCGUGCCCGUCGCCCGCCUCCAGCGCCCCCCGCCCGCUGCCCAUUCACGAUGUCAAUGAACUCGGCCAUUCUGACAAUGGCCUACAGCAACAUCAGGGCCCAGGAGGAGCAGCACCGGCAGUCGCCCCUCCGGUCGGAGCUGACCCCGGAAACCGUGCAAGCUGCCCGCAAGACAAUGGUUCGCUUCGCUGAGGCUGCCUUCGGCCCGGCCGACGCACCAAUGACCGGGCUGAGCAAAGUUCAGGACGCCAUUCGCCGGCGUGUCCCGGCCACUGUUCUUCUCACUGUACGCCCCGCCCUUUUACACCCUACACACGCACACAUGCAUAUGCCACAAAGUAUGCGGCUGACUUCCGGUGCCUAUCUACUGCGCGCGCAGCGUGCCCUUGACACCGACGCCCGGCGCUUGCGUCAUGCGCAUGACACGCUGGAGUCCCUCAUUCACUCGUCCGGACCAUCCGGCAACGACCAGACGCCUGGGGUGACGAAUACCCAUCGCCAGUCCGACGGUCAAGAUCUGACCGUGUUGUCAAGUGAAUGCCGCACGAGGGCCCAGGCCUCCCUCCGGCGGACCAUGGCUGCCCUGCGUCUGGCGACGGUCCUCUCGCAACGCGGACACAUGCGCUCUGGGCCUAUGGGCCCACGCCUUCCGACCGGAGGGGCUGCCCCCUCUGCAGCCUCGGUGCCCCGUCAAGGCAACAAUAUCUCGGUGCUGCGGUCGCCCGUGGCGGCGGCCGCUGGGGUUCCGGCGAGCCCGGUCCCUCUGACGUCCUCGGAGCCCGUCGAGGAACCGGCCGCAGCCGGGAUCAUGUUUUCCAUCCAAGGCCCAAUCCUCGGGCUGGACGAGGCGCCCUCGCCACUGGCUCCCACCGAGGCGUCGGUUUCCAGCAGUCCGAUCCUCAAUACACACCAACAAUGGACUGUGAAUGGUCAUGUGUAUGCCGAUAUGUAUGACGCCGACGGCGGAUCAGAUGACUUUGGUCUGCAAUAUAAGUCCUUCUGAUGUGGGCAAUGCCGUUCCACAUAUCGACA